GGCAUUCACUAGAAACGCAACAUGGCACAAACACUCAUAAACGCCAAUCCAACUGUUUACAGUCCCUCCAAAACCUCACAGCGCAUUCUCACAUUUGAGGAGCAGGACGACAGCUUCGAGGAUCCUAUUGAUGCUCAAGAAAUCUUCGACCUUAUUCGAUCCAUCUCCGAUCCCGAGCAUCCUUUGACACUUGAGCAGCUCAAUGUCACCCAGUGUGAACAUAUUACCGUUAGCGAUGAAACAAGCCGUGUGUUGGUAGAAUUCACUCCUACCAUCCCUCAUUGCUCCAUGGCCACUCUUAUUGGGCUGUGCAUUCGGGUGCGAUUGUUGCGCAGCUUGCCGGAUAGAUUUAAGGUGGAUAUCCGAGUGCGCAAUGGAACCCACCAAUCAGAAAACGCCGUUAAUAAACAACUAAACGAUAAGGAACGAGUAGCUGCCGCUCUGGAGAACGACCAUCUUCUUGAAGUCGUUAACCAAUGCUUGGCAACCGCUGGUCUUCGUGGUCAAGAUACUCCCUCUCCUUAAGCUUCAUCUGUACCCAUUCUUGUAACUGCUUUUUUUUUUUUAAAAAAAAAAAAAAAAGAAAAAAUCCAAACCCUUCCAUGCUUUCAAUCACAAAUUGUAGACAACCCACAAAAAACCUCUCCUCU